CUUGUUGCAGUGACAGGAAGCGAAGCUGUGAAACAUUACUGAGUUUAAAGAUUCAAAUCAAAGACAUGAAGGAGAAAAUCACCAGGAUUUUGGCCCUUUUUGCGUUAUUCACUCUGACGUGCUUAGCUGUGUUUUUCAUCUACAGCAAAGACAUUUCUUUUGUUUUUCCUUCUGUGCUGCAUCAGCAGGUGAAAGGAAACGGGAGUGUUUUUGGAAAUGUGAUGGAUUGGGUAACGAACACCCAAGCGACUCUGGAUCCGUGUCCCGAUUCGCCUCCGUCUCUGGUGGGUCCAUUUCUGGUGGAGUUUGAAACCAAGCGCAGCCUGGACUGGGUCAGGACCCAGGUGGGAUCUGAGCUGCAGCAGGGAGGUCGGUUCAAACCCGCGAACUGCACCGCCAGGCAGAAGGUGGCGGUCAUCGUCCCGUUCAGAAACCGUCAUGAACACCUGGCCCACUGGCUCUACUACGUCCAUCCGGUCCUGAUGCGUCAGCAGCUGGACUACGGUGUGUACGUCAUCAACCAGGACGGAGACGGAAUGUUUAACCGGGCCAAGCUCAUGAACAUCGGAUUUGUUGAAGCACUGAAAGAAUACGAUUACGACUGUUUUGUCUUUUCGGAUGUAGACCUGGUGCCAAUAGAUGAUAGAAACCUGUACAGAUGUUCUGACCGUCCCAGACAUUUAUCUGUGGCUAUAGAUAAAUUUAACUACAUAUUAAACUCAAAAACAGCUUUUGGUGGCGUCUCCCUGCUGACAAAGGAGCAGUUCUUGAAAGUCAACGGUUUCUCAAACACUUUCUGGGGCUGGGGUGGUGAGGACGACGACAUGUACAACAGAAUCAUCAUUAGAGGAAUGUCCAUAAAUCGGCCGGACGCUCAGAUUGCAAGAUACAAAAUGAUCAAACAUGGAAGAGACUUGCACAAUGAGGUGAAUCCAGAAAACGCUGUAAAAGCACAAAAAUCAGCAGAGAAUAUUGACACUGAUGGACUAAAUUCACUGAACUUUACUGUCAACAAGAUUUUGAAGGAUGUCUUGUUCACUUUAAUCACUGUGGAUGUUCAGCCUCCACCACAGUGAACGCCAGAAAUACAUGUUGAAAUGGUUGUAGCCAUGGCUUGGCUUUGGGACGUGUGUGUUUUCUCCAUCAUUGCUGUAAAGUGCACAAUUCAGAGACUGAGGUCCAGACAAAAGUCAGGGAGCAAAAACAAUCUUUAAUACAUCUGCAGACGGAGAGCAAGAAAUCCACUGCAUUAGGCACAAAUUAGGAUCCGCUCUGAGGAACCCAGAGCUGCAUAGUUACUUUAUUCUCUCUUUACUACCGAGGCGGAGACUCAAUCUUCUAAGACCAAACAAAAGAAACAAAGGAAAACAUACGAAACCUUGUAUGUAAUAUAAUGUAAUGUCUAUGGGAGGUGAAAACUAAACACUCUGUCUCCAUGCAGGGAAGGCCACGGGAAAAACAGCGAGUUCCCAAAUAACUGUCUGGGAAAGUUCAGCAACCCUGGAAAACUUACUGCAGUAGACACAUCUUGGUUCAUUAGUUUGUACACCGUUUCCAGCUGCACAGAAAAACACCUUGAUACAAAAAACAUUACAUUUAUAUGAUACAUAAAGGAACAUCAUUUAAUACGAAUAUAACUUCUUCACACUGCACAAGUUAAAUACAUGAGCUUUGUUUAACAACAGCAAACAGGAUAUUAUUUGCCGUUGAUCCUUCUGCACCUGUUUGUCCAACAAGUUAGUUUUAUUCUAACUUUCCCUUUUCUCUCUAUCUCUGUUAAAUUAUGUGGGUUGAGUCUUUGGAUUGUAGUUUUGUGUUUACCUGAGCAGUUUCAGUAUUUCCUGAAGCUGCUAAGCACCAAAUGUUUACAAAGUGAAGGAGUGAACUGAAGAUGUGCUUUUUUUCUAUCAUGUCAAUAUAAACUCAUGACUCUUGGUAAAAUGUGGGCGAAAAAGGAAAACAUCUGUUCAAAAAGACCAAAAUCAUCCUGCUGAUAAUAAAAAUAUGUUUACAUCA